GCCUCCUACGUGGACGCUGAGUGGAGUUCCGGUCUGAGCCCCGAUGUGAAAAGCUUUGUGCACGGCUACCUUCGAACCGCCGAUAAUCCCUACGAGAUGGUCCAGAUACGGGCUCUGCAGGGCUGUAAGAUCUCGGACACUUUCGGUGCAGCUUUGAUCGGGGCAGCCGAUGAGGACGCUGCCAGGGUUCAGCUGUUGGAUGCGUUUCUGGGCCGAGCGGCUGCAUCGGACCCGCUGGAGCGUGACCUGGAGCGGCUGUACGAUGAGGCCAUGGAGAGCGAAGAAGAGGAAGAUGAUCCCGAAGAAGAUGAGACCCGAGCUCUCAUGCUUGAGGCGCAGCUGAAGCUCAGGCAUGUCCGUAUGAGGGCCAGGAAAAACCGCGACUUGGCAUUGUCUCGGUUCGCUGGUGAUGUGCUAGAGGAUCUUGAGGAAUGGACUCCAGGGGCCCAGGCCGUAACCGAGAGGGCGCUGAGCGACACCUUCAACCAGAUGCUGAAGAUGAACCCGGAGGAGGCCUUGAAGUGUGCGAGGGCUUCCUUGGCGUCGCUUGAUGGGGAGCCGGCGCCAGCGGCCGGAGCCGACUUCGCCCUGAGGUUGAAGGUCGCGGAGGUGCUGAAGUGUGGCGACUUGUGCCUGGAUCUCGGGACGCCGGAGCAGGGCCAAGCUUACCGGGAGAUGGCUUCGAAGCUCGAGCCGUGCAAAUGGGGGGCCAUGGUGCUGAACGAGCGGGCCAACCACGAGCUCCUCUACGAGGUGUUGAAGAUCCGGGCGAUCUCUCAGCUGAAGCUUCGCUCCACGAUUUUCCGCCUGGCCUACCGUUCCGAGAUCACACGGGGCGUCUUCCCCGCCGUGUACGGCGAGAAGCCGAAAGAUGUCAUCAUGUUCAAGCGGUGCUUGGCCUCAGGAUUGAAGGAGUUCUACACCGCCGAGGCCGCGGAAAAGAAGAACGAGGCGGUCAAGAAGGCGGCGGAGAAGGCUGCGAAGAAGAUGGCAAAGACGGGAGCGGGCCUUGAGGAGGAGCAGGAGGAGACGUUGGUGUCCAAAGAAGUCCUACCGCUGCCAGACCGGUGUGUCAAGGUCAAGGAGAAAGGGCUUUCGGCCAUCGACUCCACUCGCAGCCUCAGCAGCUAUCCAAGUUGGGUCCAGCAGCUGGCUCGAUGGGGUACCGGCGUGGUGGAGUUCCUGAUGAACUUGUACCCCCGCCGCGAGCCGACCGGCGACAUCGACAUGCACGUUGUCAGGACGCUGCGUCAGCAUGGCGACGACUACGCGGAGCAGACCUAUCGUGAGGCGCUUGAGGAGCAGGACCUCCGAACGAGCCUGGAAAAUGUCGCAAUGGAGCUCGAGCAGCAGGGCGACACAGUCCUUGUGUCCGUGGGUCGCGACAGCUUCUGCGUUGCCCAUCCAGACGGCCCGGACUCCGUGACGGACGAAUGGAUUGCCAGGGUGCAGGAGGCCGGCUCGGCGGCCGGAGCGGUCCCGCUUCCCACCAAGGAGCCGCAGGAGAUCCUUGACGAACUCAAACGGGCCUACCCGGAGCUGCACUGGAACAUUAUCGACGCCGACGCGCUCGAGAUGGAAAUGAAGCGGCUCGAGUUGGCAUCUUACAUGAGAGACUCCCCUCAGUGUCCAGAGCUGUUGCUUUCAGAAGUCUUGGUGAGUCAGCUUGUGCGCUUGGGCGACCGGGAGCUGCGCCUGAGCGAAGUGUACCGAGCCGUGCAGGAAAGCCCCCACUCUUACUCCCUGGCGGUGUGGGACGACAGUCGCGGCAGGUGGACGCUUCGCACGAAAGACUUUAUGGAGACCAGCUUCAAGGACAAGGUGAAGGCCCUGGCGCAGUCGAUUUGGACCGAGGAUCUGGGCUUCGAGACGAGGCUGCCGAAUUGGGCAACUCGCGAGGCCACCAUGAAGCAGGCCGCCGAGAGCGCCAUGAAGCGCCUGCUGGACCCGGAGUUCAACGAGCACAUGGACAGCAGCGAGACCCGCCGAUUCUUCUUGUUCGACGACGGGUACUACAUCGACCGCGAGACCCACAGCGUCGGCCGCUGCACGCCGGACUUGAUCAUCACCAGGUGCUCCGCGAUGAAGUACCCCUUCGAGGCCAUGAGUGGUUUCGAGACGGGCGGGGUGAAGAAGGGAGUCAAGGACUUCCUGGUGGCCGUCUCCCAGUACGAGCGCCAGGUCUUGGUGUAUGAGGGGGUGCAGGAGGACUCCUACCCGCCGGCGAUCUUGGAAAUGUUCGAUGCUCUGCUGGCGAGACUGCUGGCCUUGCGCGUUUUGUACUCGAUGUGGAAGCGCCCGGCAGUCGUGGUGUUCAUGCUGAAGCUCCUUGCUGCCCGGAUGUUCGCGCGAGAGGGCCUUGAGGAAUUCUAUUUCUUCCAGGGGCCGGGCGGCAAUGGCAAGGGGCUGCUCACCUUCUAUUUGGAGCACCUGCUGGGGACAUAUCAUCAGGAAAGCGAUUACUCGCUUUUCUGCACCAAUAUGGAUCCCGCCAAGGCCAGUCCGCAGGUGGUGGCCAUUCGGGCCAGGCGCAUCGUCUCCAUUCCGGAGAGUGAGACCUCGCAGCAGCUGAAGUCGAAGACAGUGAAACUGUGGAGAGACCAGACGACAACCAUCACCUGCAGAUCGCUCUUCAAGGAUGACAUCAGGUUCAACCCGCACUUCGCCAUGAUCUUCUCCACGAACAAUCGGGCGAACUUCUCCGCGCUCGACGGCGGUGUUCAGAGGAGUUUGUGCGUGAUCCCAUUUCCAGUCAGCUUUGUUGACAGGGAGCCGGUCGGUGCUGACGAGGCCCGCGUGGACAUCACCCUCAAGACUCCGCAGACUCAGGAGGUCGUGGCGCCGGAGCUCCUCAUGCUGCUGACGAUCACCGACGAGAUCUUCUACAAGGACGGCGUCGGGGGGACCACCGUUCAGCCGCAGCCGAAGCUGGUGAAGGAGGCCAAGGAGCAGUUCGUCGCGAGCGAGCACCAGCACCUGUUCGACGCCUUCCGGGACAAGAGGCUGACGACGGCUACAUCUUACCGCGAUGCCUCGAAGGAGACAGAGAUCCGCACAGAGUUUGUGCAAUUUUGCUCUUCGGUGAUCCAGCAAAAGCAUGCGGCGAACUCGCUGUUGAAUGCCAACAUGGACCGGGUCACGGUGGUCGGCCAACGCUACCUUCGCCUUCGCGAGAGUGGAGGGAAGGGCUUUGUGAAGCUGAAGCAGGAGAUCUCGGCAGCGUUCUCGGCGUCCAGCGGCGGCUUUGAGGGCCUGUAG